AUGUCGUCGUCCUUCUUCACCACACCAGCCUCACAACGGAAACGGAAGCGCGGCGAGGUCGCCGCCGGCGCCCCCAAACGGCGCAACACAGACGCGCAUGCUCGCCGCUCCCAGCGAGAAGAGUCGAUCAGCGGCAGCGACAUAUCCGACGAUGAUGGCGCACCUACUUUCGACGACGACGACGAUGCAGACGACGGCUCUACUACUUCUGAAGACGAAAACGAGACGGCGGCAGAGAAGCGCCUGAGACUGGCAGAGCGCUAUCUUGAGAACAUCCGCAACGAGGUUGAGGAGGACGUGGGCUUUGACGCCGAGCAGAUCGACAAGGACCUCAUCGCCGAGCGGCUGAAAGAAGAUGUCGCAGAAGGCAAGGGCAAGAUAUAUAGGUCAAUCGCCGCCGAUCUUGACUUUGAGCAUGCAUCACAUGCGACCGGCUACUCAGGGCUGCAAAAAGCCACGACAGGAUGCGCCGUCAGGCUGCCGUAUGCCUGGACUAUCAGCAAGGACCUCGUCGUCGAGAAGUGGGAAAUCGCUGACCCAAAGUCGUAUGCGCCCGACCCCAGCCGACCGUCCAACCUAACGCCGCGCACCACACCAAAAAGGCUCCUCUGGCGGAAGGGGAACAAGAACAAAAAGGGCGACCGCGCCUUUCUGGGUCACACGGGCGAGAUUGUGUCUAUAGCCAUCUCCGACUCGGGAAAGUACCUGGCCACUGGUGACAAGCAUGCUCGCCUGAUCAUCUGGGACGCUGACACCCUCACGCCCCGUCACCUAUUCACUCGCCAUCGAGACGCCGUCCUCUCUCUGUCCUUCCGAAGGGGCACCGAACAACUUUUCUCUGGCGGCGCAGACCGAGCUGUCAUUGUCUGGAGUGCGCCAGAAUCAGCAUACAUCGAGACGCUUGUCGGACACCAGGACGCUGUUAUUGGUGUAGCAGGUGGGCUGGAGCUCAACCAGGAGACUUGCGUCAGUGUAGGCGCACGAGAUCGUACCGCUCGUUUGUGGAGAGUUGUCGAGGAAAACCAGCUCGUAUUCCACGGAGGUGGUACGGCCAGACAAAAGGGCUUGGACAAGUUGCGCAAAGGUCGAUUUGGAAAGAAUGUUGAUGGAGAUGAAAAACAGGAUGAACAAGGCAAUGGCGGAAAGUCCGGCGAUGACGACCCGCUCAUCGCAUAUGCUGAGGGUUCUAUCGAUUGCGUUGGUCUUCUCGAUGCGGGCUUGUUCGUUACAGCAUCUGACAAUGGCGCACUGUCGUUAUGGUCUGUCAACCGGAAGAAGCCUCUCUUCACAUACCCACUCACUCAUGGCCGCGAUCCACCGCUCUCGCCCGAGCAAAUGUCAGCCAACGAUGACGCCGCAACAUCAGUAAAGCCUGGUCCCCGGCUACCGCGAUACGUGACGGCGCUUGCUACUGUUCCUUUUGCCGAUCUCAUCCUCACAGCAAGCUGGGAUGGCUGGAUACGCGCGUGGAAGAUUACAGCGGACAAGAAGAGCAUUGAGCCAGUGGGUAAAGUAGGGCGCGUACCGAUUGUGGAAGACGAGUCUAUGGUCAAUGGCGAUACCAAGGACGAAGCCAUCCUCAUACGAGGCAUUGUCAAUGGCCUUGCAGUUCAAGAGAGGGGCGACAGAGGCAAAGAUGGGCUGUGCGUUGUGGCUGCCGUAGGCAAGGAGCCCAGAUUAGCCAGAUGGAUGUCUGGAAAGGCCAAGAACGGCAUCUACGUCUUCGAAGUACCUAGAAAACACCUAGCAAAUGGUACAGCGGACGAAGACAAGGAAGACGAGGAAGCAUAG